AUGUGCAUCGAGGCCAUCGAGGCCACUCGGUGGGCAUUUAUGUCUGAAGCUGCACAGACACAUCGGCAGAAGAUUCAUUACUCACUUGAAUUCCUUGAGGAUAAUUCCACUCCCACACCAUUUUGUGAUAUUGCCAAUAUCAACAAUCCUGGUACUUCUAAGAAAAUAAAUAAUUCUUUAAUAAAAGUAUUACUGAUUUGCUAAGAUAAAAAUUCCACAUGGCAGAGAGACAUGGAAGACAGGUUUAUUGUGCUGGACAACCACAAAAGUAGGUCAGAUACAUGUUUUCUGGAGAUUCUUGAUGGCUGUAACGGUGUGACAGCUACAGAAACAAUUGUAGCAAAGCUUCCACUUCUAUUUCUUGAACAGCUCUCUCACAUGGAUUCUUCCCACAAAAAUAAAAGUGACAAAGAACAAAUUCUAGAAUUUUUUGCCAGAGUAAUCAAGGCAGAUUACAGAGAAAAAGAGAAGAACCAGGCAAUGAGGAGACCAACAAGCCAGUCUAUUAGGCAAGUGUAUGCUAAGUCCUUUUGGAGAAUCAGAUUUUUACAGCUGGGAAGGAAUGAGGUUUCCAAAGUUCACUGGAGUGGCUCUUCAGUGGGAAAAAGAAUUCCUAGUGAAGAGAUGGAUGGCACUGGGGAAGAAGAAAGAAAACAUCCUCAUCCUGAAAACAACACACACGGCCCAUUAGUCAGGACAGCCAAAGGUGUUCCUGGGCUAGUGCACCUUGCUAUUAUAGGUGCCUUAACCAAUCUUACACAAAAAUGGAGUCAUGUCCCUCAAGAGCACAGCACUUCUAAUAUGAGAGAAAAACUUCAGAAUGGUAGAAACAUCAGCACUAAUAAACCAGUUGUAGAGGGAUACCUGAGAACUAUAAGGGCUCUUGGACAUCACAGAGCUCCAGUAAAAAGAACAUCUGUUAUACCUGUACCUCAUACUCCAUCUGUCCCUAUCAAUGUUAUUUGCCAGUUUCUUAUUUUGGCUUCUAACGGGCUUUGAGGGGUUUUGGAUUACUUGAAUUCUUGGAAGAAUUAUAGGCAUAGUAAAAAUGGAAUUCUUAAUAAGGAAACCAAUGACCACAAAAAUCAACCUAAUCCAGAACAAUCUCUUUUCAGUAACAAUGAAGUAAAUUCAAAGAAUAGAGAUACACUACUCCAAUUCUACUCCCAAAAUAGACAAAACCAUGCUAUCUUAAUUCUGACUCAAAUACACAGCUGGCAGAAAAAAAUGGACUCCAAUUCAUUUUGUGACAAAGUGAAUGCAGGUGAUGUUGGUCAAGAACUGCUAAAAACUGUAUCACCACUGGGUUCUAAACCACCACCACAGUUUGAAAAAGACACAAAAAUUGUACCUGAUCAAUUGCAAAUCACAAGCUGCAGAAGAGACACAGUCAGCUCAGAGACACUGCAAUGCAACAAGUCACCUUGUGAACAACUGGCAAAGACUGCACCUGCAGGUUCAAGAGACAAUAUUACUAUUUUGAUCAUACUUCUAAAUGGAUGUGAUAAGAUACCCCAUUACCUCAACAUUUAAAGAUUUAUCACAGGAUAACUGGAGUGCCACAAUAUAUAUAGGACAAGCUUAUAUUUAGCUGUGCCAUGAAUUUAUUGUAAGCAUCGUAAAUGCUGACCCAUACAGUGAAUCCGACAUCUUGUCUGGAACUGUACAAAUGCAGUAAAACCUCCUGAAACUCUCAAUAAGAACCAGCAAUCAAAAAUUUUUUAAACCACUUUAUUCAAACCUGAGCACCUCAAUAUAAAACUAAACACUGGUGAACUGUCAUUUUUCUUGCUAAACCCAGAUUACUGCAAAUUUAAAAUCUGCACAAGUAAGUUUCUAUCAGUUCAACAUUUAAAUAGACUAAUUCAUCUCUUCUGACACACUUUGUAGAUUUCAUAUAAUGAAAAUAACUAAAAGAAUUAGUGCAAUAUACUGGACUGAUCAAAAUAAAAUGUACUUUGGAAAACAAAGUUGCGAAGUUCAUUACUGACAGACAGCAGUACUUAUGUUACAGAUACAGGAGCAUCAUUUAUUACUGUUCUAGCCAUAAAGGAAGAACUCAGAACCCCCUUUGAUUAGAGAGGAAAAAAGUUAGCUUUAAGUAACUGUACAUUCUGUAUACCUUUAAGCAACUCUUAAAUAUUACAGAAAGUAUUAAACAAAUGUAGACUACAAUGCAGAGUACCUAUUUACAGUACAUUAAUAUCCAAAUUUAAAAUCAAGUUGGAUGUACAUAAUCGUUAGUGCACUAUAUUUUUUUUCCUUAGGGGAAAAACAAACUGUAAUGGCCAGCAAUGAUCAGAAACAAGAAAGAAGUCACAGACACCGAGUUUGUUGUGGUUUUACUUGAAGAGCUCUUACAGUUUGUAGAGGACAAAAAACCCCAUACCCUAAGU